GUGCCGCUCCACUGGGAUGAAAACUUCAUUUGUCAGAGAAACCGAGUGGUUUUGUGUCAUGGGCACGAUGAAGCCUCGCUGAAACAGUUUAGGAUAGGAUUGGCGAAGACUACAAGACAGCAUUCACUGAAAUUUGGUGGAAAACAGUUUGAGAAUGAUGUCUGACGCAAGUGAUAUGUUGGCAGCUGCGCUGGAGCAAAUGGAUGGAAUCAUAGCAGGAUCCAAGGCCAUGGACUACUCCAAUGGCCUCUUUGACUGCCAGUCUCCGACUUCGCCUUUCCUGGGUGGUCUCCGGGUGCUGCACCUCUUGGAGGAUCUUCGAGCGUUGCUGGAGCUCAUGGACAACGAGGAGAGGGACAACCUGCGAUGUCAGAUUUCAGAUUCCACUGCAGAGGGUCUGGCUGAGUGGCUGCAUGGACGAAUGACUAACGGCCACGCGGUGGAGGCAGUCUAUCAGGAACGCUUGUCACGGCUGGAGAGUGAUAAAGAGUGCCUCAUUCUUCAGGUUAGUGUCCUAACAGACCAGGUGGAGGUGCAGGGGGAAAAGAUUCGGGAUCUGGACAACUGCCUUGAGCGCCACAGAGAGAAAUUAAACGCGACUGAAGAGCUACUUCAAAAGGAGUUGUUGACCCGGACGGCGCUGGAGAGCCAGAAGCUGGAGCUCUUAACCGAGGUGUCGGGCCUGAAGCUGAAGCUGUCAGCGGUGGAGAGGGAUCACAGGGACAAAGAGGGCUUCUACCAGGAAGUGACGGAGCUGCGGUUCAGGGUGACUGACAUGGAGAAUGAACGGAUUCAGAGCGAGAAGAAACUAAGAGCAAGCAAAGAGGAGCUGGCUGUUCUUCAGAGGCAGCUUGAGGAGCGAGAGAUGGAGCUGAGGAGGCUGAGAGAGGAGAGCCGCCCGAGAGUGGAGGGCCCCGGCGGAGCUGAAGCUGGAGAGAGAGAGACAGAGAUGUUGAAGGUGAAGAGAGUGUUGGAGUCGCUGAGGUCGGCGAACGAUGAGAAGGAGCGGCGCAUUAAAGAGUUGGAGUCUUCCUUGAUGGCUCAGGAGAUGGUCAGAGACAAAUUAAAAGAGAACGACUACGACGAUAUCCAAGAUGAUCCCUCUAUUCCCGUCACCAUGGUGGUGGACGAGGUCACGCUGUCAUCGGAGGGGGCGACAGGAAGGAGCCAUGACGAGGCCAGUCCCUGCAUCGCUGUGUUGUCGGAGAUGAAUGAGCUGGACAGAGAGCGACAGUCGCUGCGAGUUCAAAGUUCCUCAGGUGCUCCAGCCCCGUCCAACUCCUCGGAGCAGAGUAAAAAUAAAUCCAGACUCUUAAAGCCAAGCACAACAAGCGAUGACAGCUUCGGUACCAAGAAGGCUCGAGCGUCCUUCGGCCGUGGCUUCUUCAAGCUGCGAGGAGGGAAGCGAACGUCCAGCACUCCUAAUCUGGCUGAGGCCGAACGUAAAGGCACAGAGCACCUGGACUUGGCCGGCCUCCCUGUGAAGAAGCCUCACGGUGGCGCACUGCGGCCUUCCUCACCAGACACCAAAAAGAAGUCCAGAGGCUUGAGAAGGUUCUUUGGCAGACUCAAGAGGAGUCACUCCACCUCCUUCAACCUGGAUGACGCCCCGGACGUGGAGUUCAGGAGAGGAGGCGUCCGGGCCACUGCCGGCCCCAGACUGGGCUGGUCCAGAGAAACUCAGAACAACAGCAGCAGAAGCAGUGUUCCGUUCUCUCGCUGGAGCACAGAAGACGUGUGCGACUGGCUGCACGACCAGGGUCUGGGCUUGUACGUCACCGCUGGCCUCAACUGGAUCAAAUCUGGACAAACGCUUUUGCAGGCGUCACAGCACGACCUGGAGAAGGAGUUGGGAAUGAAGCAGCAUCUCCACAGGAAGAAGCUCCAGCUGGCCCUGCAGGCGCUGGGCUCAGAGGAGGACGACUCAAUGGGGCGGCUGGAUCACAACUGGGUGACCAGGUGGCUGGACGACAUCGGCCUUCCACAGUACAAGAGUCACUUCGACGAGGCUCGGGUUGACGGACACGUGCUGCACUUCAUGACGGUGGAUGACUUGCUGUCUCUGAAGGUGGGAAGCGUCCUCCAUCACCUCAGCAUCAAAAGAGCCAUCCAAGUCCUCCGACUCAACUCCUACGACCCAAACUGUCUGAGGCGCCGGCCGUCCGACGAGAGCAACCUGACGCCGGCAGAGAUCUCCCGCUGGACCAACCACAGGGUGAUGGAGUGGCUCCGCUCGGUGGACCUUGCCGAGUACGCGCCGAACCUGCGGGGAAGCGGUGUCCACGGAGGGCUGAUGGUGUUGGAGCCUCGCUUUAACGUGGAAGCCCUGGCUCUGCUGCUCAACAUCCCUCCCAGCAAAACUCUCCUCAGGCGCCACUUGGCCACACACUUCCAGCUGCUGGUUGGCACCGAGGCCCAGCGGCUCAAGCAGGAGGGUCUGGAGAACCCAGAUUACUGCGUGCUCACUGCCACGGCCAGAGUCAAGCCCCGCCGCCUGUCCUUUGGAGGGUUUGGAACUCUGCGGAGGAAGCGCCACGACGACACAGAGGAGUAUGUUUGUCCGAUGAACAUCGAAAUGCCAAAAAGCAGCAGCUUCCAGCGCGGUGUCCUCAUGUACGAGGACUGUCUGGAUAGUCUGGAUCAGAUUGAAGACUCUGAAGGCACCGUCCGGCAGAUCGGAGCCUUCUCAGAGGAGAUCAACAACCUAACAAGCAUGCUGAAGGACGACCACUUCCUGCCCGAGGUCUGUCCAUCAGAGGACGCAGCCAGGCAGUCGUGUGACAACUAAAAGGACGUUGCAUCUCCAAAGUUAGCGGUCAGCUUGUGUAAAUAUACACAGUUAUUCCUUAUUAUUUAUCUUUUUAGGACUUGGAAACUGUACAUUUUGUAGGUUCCACUUUGAUGCGAGUCAGAGUGCUCUUUGGUUUUGACUCAUCUUGUAUUUCAGAAUAUUCUCAAAUAUUCUAUUUCAGUAGGAAUUUAGCUUUUAAGUUUUUAUUGGUACGUUUGCUUACUUUGCAUAAAGCCUUUCACUUUACUGAGGCCAUCUAUCCACCCACCCGCUGUCAGCGGGAGAAAAGUAUCCCAGACUGCAUUGUCGCCAAGAAACCUCCUCCAGCUCUUCGAGGGGGAAAUACAGAGGUGCUGCCAGGUCGACUUAAAUAGAGUCCCUCCAACAGGUCCCGGGGCCUUUCUGGAGUACCUAACCUGGCAGGCAAUGGAAUGUGGGUCUGGUGUUCUGACCAAAGACGUGGGAUCAGUCAGGUGCUGGAAUGCGACCUAUUUUAUGAGGACUUUUUUUUUUUUUUCUGUGAGGACCAGCAGUGGAGCUGAUGGGAGAAGCACUCUGGGAAACAAAGUGUUAACUGUUUGCAGUACUGUAAAUUUAGCCUAAACUAGAAUUUCCAUUUCAGCUUUGACUGGUUUUCCAGCAGUCUGUUGUCAUGGCGAUGUGUGAAUGAGCUUUUUACGUGUCCCAAAAAACAUGCUAUUUUAUAGUAAUAAAGCAUUAUAAAAGGU